UGGGUGCAUUUUUAUUUAUUUAUUUAUUUUUGGUCGAUGGGGGGAUGGUUCAGGGGGAAAAAAAUUUGGGAGGCUGGCUGCAUUCCUGUCCGGCGAGGCGGUGCAGCGCUGUAGCGCUGUUGACCUUUCUGCUUUUGGGCUUUAGCGCUAUAUCCCGUCGUUUGCCCUAGGAAAGAAAAAAGUGGGGGGAAAGGAAAUUACAGCUGUAGCGAUGUGUGCAGAGUCUAGAGACAGAUUUUGAGAACCAAAAAAAAAGCCACCCAACCCAGGGGUGACAACAACAACAAAAAAUCCAGAAGAAUCCGGCUGGAGAGAGUGGGGGAGACCACCCGAGACAGUGUCUUUGUAUAUGAUUGGAAACUGGGGGGAGGCAGAGCCUUCCCCCCCAGCUUCAGGACUGCAGCUGGGUUGGAAGACUUUGUAUGUAACCGUAUCUGACCUCUGCCGAAAAUCCUGGCGUCCGUUCCUUUCUUUCUUCAUCUUGGGCAAGGGGGUGGAGGGUGGGCUCGGGGGGAGUGAGGCGGCCUCCAUCAAUCUCCAGUUGAUGCCCAUGAAUGCGAACACCAUGAUAUUUUUGAUCUUGGGGGCUUCGAUUGUUAUGGCAAUUGCAUGCUUGAUGGACAUGAAUGCGCUCUUAGACCGAUUCCACAAUUACAUCUUACCGCAUCUGAGGGGAGAAGAUCGUGUUUGCCACUGCAACUGUGGAAGGCAUCAUGUCCACUAUGUCAUCCCAUACGACGGAGACCAGUCAGUGGUGGAUUCCUCCGAGAAUUACUUUGUGACGGACAAUGUCACUAAGCAGGAGAUUGAUCUGAUGCUGGGACUUUUGUUGGGAUUCUGUAUAAGCUGGUUUCUGGUCUGGAUGGACGGGGUGCUCCAUUAUGCCGUACGAGCGUGGCGAACAAGCAGACGGUAUGACAACUCCUGGUCUUGGAUCCCCAAAUUUUGUAACUUCAAGGAGUUCAGAAAACGUCACCACCGGCAAUACGACGAAGCCACCGGGAACAUGGUACAUAUCAAACAGAAGCUGUACCACAACGGCCACCCGAGCCCCAGACAUCUCUGAGGGAGCCGAGACUGAGGCGAGGCCACGCAACGUGGCCCUCGCCGUCCUCCGCGGGGGACUUGGCCCGUUCGCCCCCUCCGGGGACACCAGUUAAAGACUUCCAUUGAGUGACUCCCGACAGCGUGUCGGCCCGGCACCCGGGAGAAUGCACAAUCCGACCCGGUCCCGGAGGCGAGGCGCCCGAGACGUCGCACUGUGUUUGCCAUUUCAUUGGUGGACUUCUGUAGAUAUGUAAACAACAACAAAAACACCACAAAAAUCCAAAAGUUGUCGGGGGGGGGAACGGGG